AUGGCUUCUACAGAUGGUCUUGACCAGGUCGAGGAGCAGCUCAAAGCCGUCAUCGACAAUUUGUACAUGCUCAUCUGCCAGGCCCAUGAGUUUCGCGGCUCGCAAACAACAGAGGCCAUGACCUUUGAGAUCAAACGUCUCAUCCAGAACUUGCUCUCUUUGUGCCAGUCCGCCCGCGUCCUUCCGACCAGUCUCCCGCCAGAGGUCAUCGAAUACGUAGAACGAUCGCGCAACCCCGACAUUUACACUCGCGAGUUCGUCGAAUUAGUACAGAGACUAAAUCAACAGCUCAAAGGCAGAAGCCAAGCUUUCGCCGACUUCAGAGACAUACUAGCAAGAGAGAUGACCGCCGCCCUGCCCGACUGCAAACAAGACAUCACAAUGGUCGUCGAAAGUACUGGAGCCAGAGCUCCGGCCUGA